CUCUGUUCUCUAUAUAAAGGCAGCUGACCUGUGGUAAGUACAACAGACUUCAGCAGAUCAGUUGACUUCUUACAGCCUAUCAUUCACUGUCAGCAGACACUUUACCACAAUGGCCAAACACAUCACAAAGGCAUACAUCACAGAUCUUCAAGUGUCCCUGAAUCCAGCUGAGGAGCAAUUCUACCAAUCAGAAAGCUUCAACAAAAUCAAUGUCGAUCUGAACAAAGGACCAAGAGGAAAUGCCAUCUAUCUUUGGUACAAACAUGGAUCAGAGCCGAUCACAAAGGUUCAAGUUUCCUUCAACGAAAAUAUGGCUAAAGGUUUGAUCGAAGCAGGGUACACACAGAUCUACAAAGAUCUCAAUGCUGGAGCAGGAGGUAAUAACCUCUACCUUUGGUACUCCAAAGGGACCGGAGAGUUUGAUACUCCCAUAGUGGAAAUCACUGUCACUGCGGAUCCACACAAUGAAGCUCCAAAGUUUGGUGUUGGUUAUGAGAGAGUGUCCUGUGAUCUGAACCGCGUGGCUGGUGGUAACUGGAUCCACUUGUGGCUGAAGAGAGAGAAACAAACCUACAUCUGUGAUAUCACUGCCACUGAUUCCUACGGAUUAGACACCGACUACUUUCGCGAUGGCUACAUCCGUAUGGAUGAAGAUACUAACAGAGGUGCAGAUGGAGCCUAUGUCUUCAUCUGGUACCGUCGGACCACGGACCCCGAGAAGGCACUCAAAGAUCUGCAAGUCUCCAUCAAUGAUAGUCAGCAUCAGAGCUAUCAGCAGCAACAGUACCAUCCAGUGAGUGUUAACCUGAACGAGGGGACCGGAGGUAAACCAGUGUACAUGUGGUACAAGAAAGAGGGAUCCAACCAACCCAUUAAGAGCAUCGCCCUGCUGCUCAACACAGAUUUGGUUAAAGAUUAUGAGAAGCAUGGUGUCACCGUUAUCGAGAGAAAUCUCAAUGAGUGCAACAAUGGCUGCACUGAGUACCUGUGUUUCUAUCAGUAAAGGCAGAGAGUUCUGAACACUCACUGAAGUAGAAAGCAGAGUCCAUUUAUGUUUGUUAAAUCAUUUGGUAAAAAUAUUUUCUCUCUACAUUUCUCUAUAUAAAACAAUGUGAUUAAUAUAUAACAGUAAUAAUAAUGAAAAUAUAUACUGUAAGUAUCAAGGCUAAAUUAAUUAUAUUAUUUAACUCUGUCAAUAAAAACUAAUCAAAUCAUUUCAAGAACAAUGUUAAUGAAUGAUUGAGUAUUAAGGCCCUGUUUC